AUGAAAGAUAUUCAGCUAAUUCAGAAGGAAUUUUGGGAAGCUUAUGAAUCUGAUAAAGUAAAACUUACUUAUUUUUUGGAAAAUAGACAAACUAGAAAUACUCGAGAUGAGAACACGACUUUAAAUAAUUUAUUUUACAAUAUUAUUUCAAAUGGUUUGAAAGGAAUCAAUACUUCUAUUGAGGAAUUAAAUAAUAAGCCAGAGUUUAGUGAAGAUUACAAUGGAGCAUAUAUUUCAGAUGUUCUUAGAGUAUGCAGAUUUUGUUUAGAGUAUCUUAUUUGGUAUGUUGAAGAUAACCAGACCCAAGAGUCUACUAUCUCUUACUCUGAGAAAUGGUCAGAUAUUUACCUUCUAUUAGGUAAUCUAAGUAGAGUUUUGCUACUACAAGGAGAUUUUUGGGAAUGUUUUAAUACACUAGAAAAAUUAGCAAAGUAUAAUAGAAAUAAGGAAGCUGGUAUAGACGAAAUCUCCUUAAGAAUAAAGUGGCUCCUGCUAUAUCUUAAACAAUGGACUAGAUCCGAGUAUAUAGAUAAUUAUUUGCAACUUCCAGAUUAUUGUAUAAACUCAAGAGUUUGUACUAUAUCAUAUAUUGAAGAGCAGUUUAGAAAACGAUAUAUCCUCGGGAAAUUAAAUAAUUACUUAAGUUUUCAAGUUAGUAACUGCAACAAAAUUUCAUUUGAUAUACAAUACAAUGUAUUACUAAACUAUUUAUACGAUUCAGCUGCUGAAAUUUUAAAUAAUAAUAUAUUAUUAUUAAAAGACUUUGAGUGGCAAGAGAAAAGUGAAUAUAUUAACUCUUAUAAUAAAAUACAGACAAUAUGCACAAUUAGGAGAUUAGAAGAAAAGGAACAAGUUAGACGUAUUAUUUACAGAUAUAGUGACUCAGAUGAUACCUUAUUUCUGAACCGACGUUAUAAGAUCAAUAUAGAUAUUGCAGAAUUACAUAAGAAGCUAAAUUUAUCUCUUUGUAAAAAGUGCUCAACAUUAAGAAGAAUUUUAAAGAAUAUAUGUGAAAUAUUCAACGGCUUGCAAACUGUAGAUAGAAAUUCUCAUGAGUGUUCUGAAUAUAUCUCUGUUGGAAGUCUACUUUGUGAUGGUACCUCAAUUAGCAACGAUGGAAUUUGGGAUAAUAGAAUAUUGGAACAUACUUACUCCAAUAUUAAAGAACAAGAUAGAAGACGUACUAGGAGUAGUAGUGGUGUGAAUGCAACUCACUUUAAGCAAAAGGAUGAAGUCAAUGAAAGUUAUUCAGAACUAUCAAGUGAUAAUUUAACUACUUUAGUUCCUAUAUUUGCUAAUAAACAAUACAGACAGUGGUUAUAUUUUAUUCCUUAUUAUUGUAAUUAUUUUUUAUCUCAAAUAGCUGGUAUACCGGGACCAAAUGUAGCUAACAGUAACUAUCAAUCACUGGAGACUUUUGAUAAAUUAAUAAUGUUGAAUUAUAGUAAUUUCCUCGAUAUACCUGCUUCUGGAUUAAGUAAACUAACUACUAUAAGUGAGAAAGUUAUAGAUUAUGCAAAUAAAUAUGGAAUUGAUCUUUCAGUAGCGGACUAUUCAAAAAAUCAAGAUAACUAUUUAGACAUAAGCUAUAGUAGUGAAUUAGAUCUCAUCAACAUAAUUUUAAAAUCAAAUUUAGACGAAAUUAAUUUAGUAUAUCUUUUUAAUAAUUAUAUUCAACCAAGUAUAAUGGAAAAAUUUUUGUAUAUUUUAAAUGUAUACCCAGUAACUAAAUCUAACAUUACAAAUAUUAAGCAUGAGAUAAGUGAAGUAGCCUAUUUAUUGAUUGAAUAUACUAAUAUAUACAAUUAUUUACUUAAGAGUAUUGAAGAAGAGCUGGAAUUCUUACAUAAACUAGAUGACCACUCACAGAAAUUUACAGGUUUAAAUGAUGGCUCAGCCUACUACUACACUAAUGGAGGAUUAACUUUGAAUUUUAAUCACUAUAUUAAAGAAUCAUUAAGAGAGAAAAAUAAAUCAGAACCUAGAUUGAUAAUUUCUCUCAAUGAUUUGUGGGUUAAAUACCCUGAAAUUACAAACUUAUUAUUAUCUAAAUCAACGAUUGGAUUCGAUUAUAUUAGUGUCAUUUAUGGAAUCUGUGAGAGUUCUCUAAUGCUUAUGCAAAUUUCGAAAAUCUUCAAUCUAAAUAUAAAAGACGAUAAUAAUUUUUCAGCAAAUACAGCAAACAUAUUUAGCCAACAGUUUUGGAAAUUGGAAUUUGAAAAUAUUGCCGGUCAUUUGAUGAUGAUUACCCAGUUGACAAAUACCAGUAGUCUCAAAGCUAAAGUACUUUGGUUACUAUCGUUAUAUUAUCUCUUUGAGUCCGAAAUAGUAAAUGUCUCAUUUAAAAAGACAUUUUCAAUAUCUGUAAAUAUUCCGACAAUUCAAGAACUAACUCAAAAACAGGAAAACUUCUUAUGUGCAGCAUUGCAUAUUUCAAGAAUAGUUCAUAAUUUAAUAAUAAAAAAUGAACUUAUGGAAAAUGAAGAAGUAAUUUACAAUAGAUUAGGUUGUAAGAAAUAUGUCAAUGCAUUCUCUAUUAAUAAUUCAAAUAUAAUUAUUGGCGUUAUUGAACGUGAGCUCAGCUUUAGAAGACCAUCUAGUAAUUUAUUUGCCUCUCCUACUUCGUAUUUGUGUUCUAUUCUACACAUACUUAACGAAACAGAUUUAAUAACUUUAUAUGAUUGCAGCACUACUUCUAAAACACUCAGUUCUUUCGAUAGAAUCAACAGGCUACUAACUAAAUUUAACAGUUACUUGCAAGAAGAGGAAAUGUGCAAUAUACAAGGUGAAGAGUUAGUAAUAGCUUUUGAGAUUCUAAUAAAGCUAACAAAUAAAUGUAUAUAUGAUCAUAUUAUUGAUAAAGAAAAUUUUAAUGGUGUCAUCCCAGCUGUAUUUAUUGAUUUUUUAUGGGAAAUCUUACUGUUAUUUGAAACACUAAAAGAUCGUGCAUUUUCAAAUGAUAUUUCAAAUUAUAAAACCAUUUAUAAUGGAAUCAAAUCCUUGAAAGAUAUAUUACACUAUCUUAUUAUCACAGUUGUGACUGGUUUACAUAGGUUGUUUAUGCAUCUUAUACAGACUUACAAGGGUAUGGUAAAUCUUUUAAAAGUCAUGAUGCAAAUUGUUAUACACUUAGUAGAUAUUUAUCAGGAAGUAACAUCAUACUCUUUACAACCACGAUGUAUAAUGUAUUUUAUUCGAUAUUUAUUCUAUCUCGACUUUUCAAUAAAUUUUGAACAGUUAAAUGAGCAAAAUGGUUCACUGAAGUUAUCAACCCCAAAUUUAGAAUCAUCUAAUUCAAAUAAAACUGAUCAAAUUGUUAGAAAAGAUGAGAAUGAAGAUCCAAUUUCUAUAAAUAGCUCUGUAGAUAAAAAAUUGACUGCUUUAUCUAGCACCUAUAAUUUAAUAUUAGAUUUUAUUAUAUUAUAUGGUAUAAUAUAUCGAUUCUCACCAUGUAUUCCUACAUGGAUAAGUGAGAUGAAAUCUUGCAAAGAAUUUUUUUAUGCUAAUAUAAAUAGUGGGGAUAUCCCAAGCGAACUAUUUAAGGAUUCAUUAUAUUUGAACAACUGGAGUAACUUUUAUGAUGAAUGCUCUGAGUAUAUAGAUAAAUACACAAGAUUUUCCUUUACUCAUUGGCCCUUACAUGAUGUUGUAAUUGAUCCAGAAAUAGAAACAGAAUAUUUGGAAGUUUUAGGAUUACUAUUACAAUGUAUAUAUGGUAUUCCUGUUUGUCCACUUCCAUGUAAACCUUUUAACAAGAUUAUUAUAAGAAAUUAUAAUAACUUAUUUAAAAAUCAUUACAGGGGUAUUAAUAAUAUGGAAAAUGAUGUUAUUUUGAACUCUGAAUUAGCAAUACGACUACCUUGCCCAAUUUUAUUGUUAUCUUGCAAUGUAUUUUCAUCUUUAUUAAGUUGCACUUCAUUAACUGACAAACAAUAUUCAUAUGCAAGGAGAUCAUUCUAUGAUUCCAUUAUAGGUGCAAUUCAAUCAUUAGUAUUCCCUAAAGAGAAUAUUAAGAGGAGUGAUAAGGAGGUAAUAAUGGAUUUAAAGUCGAUGAAUGAUAAUAUACCUUUAAUAUUAAGACAUUUAAGUUUACCAUUUAUAUAUCCAUCUUAUAUGGAAUUACUUCACUAUUAUUUUGAAUUAUAUUCAACUAGAAAAUAUGAGACUGAAAAUAGCCAUAAAUACGCUCUUUCUAUAUCAAACUUAAAGCGAUUACUUGAUACAUAUAUUUGCGAUCCAUUUGAUACUUCAUAUAUAUCCGAGUAUUUGGAUGAAGGAAAUACUAGUGAGGUAUAUUAUAAAGCAGAUUUUAAAAAAAAGGACAUAUUAGAGUUUACUCCAAUUUCUAUACUUCAAUGGGAUUACUUGGAAAAAAAAGUAGACUUGAUUCCUAUUAAACAUUUUUCAUACAGUUCCAAAGUUUUUUUUGCAAAAAAAUUUGAUGAAUUAUUUGCUUAUAGUGAAGAUAAUUCCCAGGAAUUAUUCAAAAGUAGCUUAUCUGAAGUAGUUAAUUCUGUACUAUCCAGAGUUGAGAAGUGUGUAUAUAUUCCAUUUAAAUCGAUAGCUUCUAGCUUUGAAUCUGCUAUUCCAUUGAUAUACUCAAACAGAGAUUCUACGUUAUGGUACCCUGGUAGAUUCGGCAUUACUUCCCAUACAGUAAAUAGUGGCUCAUCUUUGCCUUCAAAUAAGGAGGUAGUACUUGAAGCACUCGAUAAUUUGAAAUUGGUUAGCUACAGUUUAAGUGUUAGACCAGACAUAAAAAUAGGCAAUUUGACUUCAGCUUCAAAUUCCAUAAAGAUAAUUUUAUGCGAAUUAGAUGAUAUAAAUGCUUCGUAUUCACUACAUUUAGCACUAGGCUUUUGUUAUGAUGGUCAAUAUUCAUAUUAUUACCCUAAUUCCUUUGAAAGAUUAUUUAUACAAGCUACAUCUUUGUUGAAUAUGGAAUUGGAAUGGUGGAAUCUCCAAACAAAAUUCAGUAAGCUUAACCCUACCAAUAAGAGCUCAGAAUUUAUUUGCAACUUUGGUAACAAAGUGAAAUAUUUUCAUUUUGAUAUUGAUUCAAAGGUUGUUGAAAAUUAUGAUUUUUGUUCAAAAAGGAAAAGUAAAGAAAAUCCAGAAUUUACAAUGGAGCAGAACAAUUUAGAUCAUUAUUUAAGUAUUACUGAUAACAUCUAUUCCAUUAGUUUUGAUUUAAUUUGCAUGAAUAUGAUAAAGUUAAAAGCAUUAUAUCCUACAUUAUGUUUAAGAAUACACUUAAUACGCUGUUUAAUAAGAAGAAGGUAUUCUAGUUUAAAUACCAAACUUACUUGGUACUCUCAUUCACCAUCUAUUAUACCAAUGAAUGAUACAACAUGUUUUGACAAACUUGAAACCUUUAUUUAUCAUGUCCUAUGGAAAGUUAUGGAAAUGCACAAACAUUUCAUUUUAAUAUAUUUGCCAAAUAUUUCCCGAGUAUCUAACUGGUUUGACUAUAACAAUGGAGUAUCUCCGAAAAUACAAAAUUGCUUCUGGUUUAUUCCUUAUAUUCAUGCAAAGCUUAAAUGGAAGCUUUUGAAGCUGAGUAUUAUCAGAUACAUUACAAAUAAUCAAAGGCAAAGUGAUUUACAGCAAUUUUUCAAAGUGCUUAUUGACGGAUUUAGAAGCCUGUAUGUUUAUAUAACUGAAGCCUUAUUGAUUACCUUUUUCCAACUAUCUGGAGAUCCUAAUGCUGGAGAAUUCUCAAAGAAACUACUAGAAAACUGUAUUUAUUGUUCCCAUUUUGAAAUUAGCAAAGCAGUAAAUGACAUGUAUGAGAAAUAUCGCUCAAAAUUACUAGAACGCGUACUAAGUAAUUUAAAUUCUCAGAAUUCUUCAUCUUGCACUCCACAAGUUCAUAAUUUUUUGAGGAUAUUUUAUCUCCUACAGUCUGUACAACAUUUUGUGUACUUGACUAGGAAAUGCAGUAUAUUUGAAAAUGAAUGUUUCUUGAUACAUUUAGAACAGUUGUCAGACUUUUAUUCAAUUUUGAAGAAUGAAAUUAGCUUAAAAGAUGCAAAAAAGGAUAUAUUUUCUGACUUCUCAAACGCGCUUUGCGAUGAUAUCAGUGAUAUAACCCCUGCAUUACCAUCACAUAAGAGAGCAAAGCCAACACCAAGUACAUCUUCACUAAGCCAUAUUGGGUACUCAUACCAUUCAUUAUUGCACUUCAUAAUAUCUGGUUAUAGUAGUGAAGAUUGUCAUUCAUACUUUCAAAAAGUAUUUAUGCAUGGUCGGCGCAUAUUGAACAUUUGGAAGAUUGAUAAUGCAAAAUUAUGUUUAGACCACUACACUGGUUUAUACUAUAGAAGAAAUCGCAAGUAUUUGAGUAGUAAAUUUAAAUAUUUAACAAUACCCGUAAUUUUAUCAGAGAUUUCAGUUGGAAAUUUAAUAAAUAACAUUAGAGAAUAUAAAAGCAUAAGAUAUAACUCAGAGUACUUUCUACUUAAUACAAAUACUUCUCAAAAUUAUUCAUUCGUUGCACUUCAUAAGUUAUUAAACCCAGAAGUUUUGGAUAUAUUUUUAUAUGAAGUAAAUAACAGAAAUUUAUAUCAAGUGACUUCAAACAAUAUGUCCCUACUUUCAAAUGAAUAUAAUAAAGAUCAGCACUUUUUGCAGCAAGUAGUCUACACACAUUUGGAAAAUAUUAAUUCAUCACUUGAUAUUCUUUGUGAUCUAAUUAUACAUGAAGUAAAGCUUAUUAAACAACUAGAAGUAUCAGGAACUUACGAAUAUUCUUUUUCUAAAACUGACUAUUUGCAAAACUUUAUUAGUAACAUACGCAAGGAGAAUGAACAUAAUUUAUCAAAUUUAAUUCUAAAUAAAAGUAUUUAUAUGUCUCAGUGGUCAGAUAACACUGAAAUUGGACAACUAAAUUUAUCAUGUAGACUUGUAUGUAUAUACUUUGAUACAAUUACCAAGAUGUGUCAAGCCCUAAUUGAUCUAAAUUUAGAUCUUGAUGGUCGUACAAUUCUAAAAAUAUACGGUAUUAUGGAAGUAUUUUACAAAAAUAAAGUGGGAGACAUUGAAAACAAUAUCACAAAUACAAAUUUGUCACUCGAAAAUUCAUCAUAUUUUGUUACUAGUUCUUCAGUGAAUUCACUAUCAAAUUCAAUGACAAGAAUACUAGAGAAAUUGUGUGGGAAUAUUGUUAGUUUAAUAAUACCUUCUUGUAUAAAUUCUACUUUACAAAAAUAUCAAAAAUUACUAGAGAAUUGUUUUUAUGAAAUGUUUUGCAGAUCAUUUGUUGGUAAUAGAACAAGUACUAACCCAAAUAAAGAUGUGAUUGGUCAUGAUAUAAUUUCAAUAAUUUAUACUCUAAGAGAAUACCUUGGAAUUACAAAUGCUAAGAAGAAUACUAAAAGACAGAGACAGACUCAAGCAAAAGAAUAUACGACAAAUAGUGUAGGAGAAGAUAUUAUGAAGACUCAAAAAAUUUCAGAAAAUAUUGUCUACUCACCAGUUUCUUUAUUUAAUGAUGAAGAAAUCAUUUAUUCUAAAAAGGGUUGUGUUAUUAGGUAA